GGCCUGAUCAAACUUCGUCGUUGAAUGUCAAAGCAAAAUUUUAUUUAAUUUUUUUUUGGAUGUGUUAAAAAUACAGUCACAAUUUUUCUGUACUCGAAACAAACAAAAUUAUUUCAUUUAACAACUGCGAAUUCAAUUUUUUGUUUUUUCCUUUUUUUGUGACUUGAACACAAAAAGUUCCUCAUUAGAAGUCGGAAGCAGCGAGUAUAAAGAAGCUACAAUUCAUUUGUGGUAAUCAGUUAACUAUGGGUGAUCCAUCGUGUGAUCCAUGCCAGGCACCCGUUGAUUUUCGAUCAUGUCCACCAAAUGCGUUGUGUCAGCCAUGCGAUCGUGGCGACUAUUCCGGCUGUUGCUAUCAGCAGCCGGCACGCACACUUCCCAUUAUUCCGCAAACACAUUUUAUGCGCUCCACUGCACCUCUGGACACGGACACCAUUUAUCGCCGAUCAUACUACGGUAACUGUGGCGACAAUCUGCGUGCCCAGCCAGUGAAGCCAUGUAAUCACAUAGCCGCAAAUACGGCACCGAUGGAGAAGUGUACCGUACAGAAGCUAUCCUAUAUGCCGCCGUGUCCGGCCUCGCGCACCAUGCCCAUUCUGCCAAUGGAGAGUGGAUUGCGUUUUGAGGGGCCAAUUUAUGCGAUGAGCUCGCAGAAGCAUGACUAUGUGCCCAAGGGCAAUGUGAAGCGUGCACCGUGUUUGCCGCGUGUCGCCAUCUGCUCCUCGACAGCGCCCAUGGAGCGCUGCACGAUCCAAAAGUUGAGCUACAUGCCAGUGGAUGUCUGCCAGAAUCCGCCGCCGAAGCUAUUGCCACAGCCUUCGCACUACUGCAAGCCCGUCGGCCCAAUGGAACGCUGCACCAUACAGAAGCUAUCGUAUAUGCCGGUGUGUCUGCCACCCAAGGAGCCAACUCCCUGGGCAGACAAGAUUCGCUGUGUGCCACCCAACUAUCAGAAUAUCUGCUCCACUUAUAAUCUGAGCUACAUGCCCAAUUGCAACACAGGACGCACAGCCCCAAUGCUGCCAAUGAACACCCUGCGCUUCCUGGGCAAUGAUUCGGGAUGCGCCAAUACGGUUUACAAACUGAGCUACAGGCCCGUCGAUGCAUCGCGCACCAAGCCGUUGCCCAUCUUGCCAAGGGACACGUUCCGCAGGGCCACAGGACCACUGGAGAGGUGCACAGUCCAAAAGCUCUCAUAUCAGCCCAAUUGCACUGAGCGCAUACCGCCUAUCCGCCCCAUGGAGAAUGGACUGCGGUUCGAUGGACCCUUGUAUGCGAUGACGACACAGAAGCACGACUUUGUUCCAAAGCCGCAUGUGCGUCGUGCCCCGAUAAUGCCCUUAACCGCCUUCUGCCGGCCUAGCGGUGCCAUGGAGCGAUGCACCGUUAAUAAGCUGUCGUAUAUGCCGGUGGAUGUGACCUGUUUUCCACGGCCGGAGGCGAUUAGGCCGCGUCAAGGCUUCUGUCGCAACGAUGGACCGAUGGAUAACUGUACCACAUACAAACUGAGCUUUUUGCCCAAUUGUGUGCAGCCGAAGGAGCCGUUGCCAUGGGCACGCUACACAUCCUAUUGCCGGCCCAGUGGACCCAUCGAAAAGUGCACCAUCCAAAAGUUGAGCUAUGGACCGCCGGGUGCCUUUCAGCGAUGCGGUGGUCCAUGUGGUCCUGGCAUUACAGAUACUGGCUGCUAUCCAAAGGCUGGCAUUUGUUGAACUGGAAAUAUGUUUUGCUAGCCUCGUCGCCCCGUCCCCCUUAGAUGUUUUAUGUUUAUAUGUUAUAUCCAAAAUCUUCAAGUCCGUUUACAUAAACCAGGAAGUCAAUCUUUACACAUACCCACGCGCACCGCAUACCAAGACAUACAUUCCGUUCAAAAAUAUAAGUCAAAAAUUGCAUGUGUGUCGCUAAGUGUUUUAAUGAAAUCUAUUUUAUUAUUUCAAAUUAAAUGUCCUAUAUAUAUUGAAA